AUGGAAAAAAUAGUUUAUAAAAAUCUUUACAAUUUUCUCUUAGCUAUUGGUUAUCUCAAUGAUCUCCAGUCAGGGUUUCGCCCAGGUGAUUCUACGGUUAACCAGUUAACUUAUUUAGUUCAUAAAAUUUAUCUUGCCCUUGAAAAUGGACAUGAGGUCCGUAUGGUCUUUUUGGACAUAAGCAAGGCUUUUGAUAAAGUUUGGCAUAAAGGCCUUUUAUAUAAAUUGAAAUGUUUAGGAAUAAAAGGGUCUUUGCUAUCAUGGUUUCACAGCUAUCUUUCUGGUAGAAAACAGAGAGUAGUUAUUGAAGGGCAAUCGUCUGGCUGGGGUGAUCUUGAGGCAGGGGUACCACAAG